AUGAAUAAGAAAAGAUACUCGCUCGCCGGCCGUCCAGUAACUUCGCGGAACUUGCUACAUCUUUUACGGGUAGUUUAUUUUUAUAUUAUUAUUAGGGAUAUAAAUACCCGAGAAGCCUCUGGAUACUCCAUAUUUGAUCGCCCUCCGCUUUCUCUCCUCUCUCGGAAAAUAAGAAAGAAAAAAUGGAAGCGUUCUCGUCGUUCUUUGGUGAAACUCAAUCGUCGGCCUCUCGCAACGGUUGGAGUUAUGAUUCUCUCAAGAACUUCCGUCAGAUCUCUCCCCUCGUCCAAACUCAUCUCAAACAGGUUUAUCUCACGCUAUGUUGUGCUCUGAUUGCUUCGGCAGUUGGAGCCUAUUUGCAUAUCCUCUGGAACAUUGGUGGCCUACUUACUACCCUUGGUUGCAUGGGAAGUAUUGUUUGGCUACUUUCAACCCCGCCAUAUGAAGAGCAAAAGAGAGUCACACUCUUGAUGGCCACUGCACUCUUGCAAGGGGCUUCAAUUGGUCCCUUGAUUGAUUUGGCUAUUGAAAUUGAUCCAAGCAUUCUGGUCAGUGCUUUUGUGGGAUGUGCUGUGGCUUUUGGUUGUUUCUCAAUAGCAGCCAUGUUGGCAAAGCGCAGGGAAUACCUUUACCUUGGUGGUCUUCUUUCAUCUGGUCUCUCCAUCUUGUUCUGGUUGCACUUUGCAUCCUCCUUGUUCGGAGGUUCUGCCACUCUCUUCAAGUUUGAGUUGUACUUCGGGCUCUUGGUGUUCGUGGGCUACAUUGUGGUGGAUACCCAAGAUAUAAUUGAGAAGGCACACUUUGGGGAUCUGGACUAUGUGAAGCAUGCUCUAACCCUUUUCACUGAUUUUGCUGCUGUUUUUGUCCGGAUCCUCAUAAUCAUGCUGAAGAACUCUGAGAAGCAACAAGAGAAGAAGAAGAAGAGAAGAAAUUGAACUUGAUUAAGCAGCUGGGAGAUCUUGUCUAACUUUGUACUGGAUGGAUCCUUUCUGUUGUCUAUAUAACUGGUUUUCCAUUUCCUUUGAUAACUGAAAAUUGUGUUAAUAGUUGCGGUUUGGAUGUCGAGAGUGAGCUUUUGUUUGGAUACCGCUUAUGACUAAGAUACAAAUUUCAUAAUUCCUUUGGCAUAAUAAACCAUAUAGUUGGUAUG